AUGUCUGGUAGACAAGGCGGAAAGUUAAAGCCUCUCAAGACGGCCAAAAAGGCACAGAAAGACGAGGACGAAGACGACAAGGCUUUCAAAGAGAGGAAGAAAGCUGAAGCUGCUGCGCUGGCAGAUGCAAGAGCAAAGGCUGCGAAGGGUGGCGCUCCUGGAGGUGGCAUUAAGAAGUCUGGAAAGAAAUGA